UCACACAUAGGCGUCCCCUGCUCCCAAGUGUUAAAACAUUAGUUCCUGUUUCUCCUUCCGGUCCCGGUUAUUAUUGCAUCAGCAUCUCAUUCAGCACUGUGGAAAUGUCGAGCUCAGCAGAGACAGCCUUUGAGUUUGGCUUCUUGCUGCAGAUUAACGAGGAGGCUGCGCUCACCGCGGCCCUGAACGACUACCUCACCUCACGCAGCUACCUGGCGGGUUUCGGCCCCUCCCAGGUCGACUUGAGAGCCUUUAGGCUCCUUCCCAGACCCCCCGACCCGCAGCACGUCCACGCUCUGCGCUGGUACAGACACAUUUCCGCCCUGCAGCAGGACCUCGCCGCAGACGGCAGCAUGAAAGGGAGGCGGGUCCAGCCUCCAUGGUCUCCACCCGCAGGAACAGAGGUUCCUCAGCUGCGGUUCUACAACAGCCUGACCAGAACCAAGGAGCCGUUCGUUCCUCAGAAGGGCAACAGAGUGACGUGGUAUUGCUGCGGGCCCACAGUGUACGAUGCGUCACACAUGGGACACGCCAGGUCCUACAUUUCCUUUGACAUCCUGCGCCGGAUACUGAGGGACUACUUCAAAUACGACGUCUUCUACUGCAUGAACAUCACCGACAUUGAUGACAAGAUCAUUAAAAGGGCCCGGCAGAACCACCUUCUGGACCAGUACAGAGAGAAGCAACCAAAGGCAGCGAAGAUCCUGCAGGACGUCCUUAGUGCACGAGUGCCCUUCCAGGAGCAGCUGGUUUCCACCACAGACCCAGAUAAGAAGGAGAUGUUGGAGCGACUCGAUGCCGCCGUCACAUCGGCUCUGCAGCCGCUGCAGGGGGCGAUGGAGAAGAACGCAGCAGAUGAAGUCCUACAACCUUUGGCUCAGGUGUUGUUGGAGAAAUCCAAGGAUCUUCUGUCAGAAUGGUUGGACAAACAGUUUGGAAGCCAAGUCACCGAGAACUCCAUCUUCUCUGUCCUUCCUAAAUACUGGGAAGGAGAGUUCCACAAGGACAUGGAGGCCCUGAACGUUCUACCUGCGGAUGUUCUCACCCGAGUCAGCGAGUACGUGCCGGAGAUCGUGGAGUUUGUGGAAAAGGUCGUCUCAAACGGUUACGGGUAUGAGUCCAACGGUUCUGUCUACUUUGACACCCAGAAGUUUGAUUCCAGUCCGCAGCACUCGUACGCCAAACUGGUUCCAGAGGCUGUGGGAGAUCAGAAAGCUUUGCAGGAGGGAGAAGGCGAUCUGAGCAUCUCUGCAGACAGACUGAGUGAGAAAAAGUCCCAGAACGACUUUGCCUUGUGGAAAGCCUCAAAGCCAGGGGAGCCGUCCUGGGACUCACCGUGGGGGAAGGGCCGGCCGGGUUGGCACAUCGAGUGUUCGGCCAUGGCUGGCUCCAUCCUAGGAGAGUCUAUGGACAUCCAUGGAGGAGGAUUUGAUCUCCGCUUCCCCCAUCAUGACAACGAGCUGGCCCAGUCUGAGGCGUUCUUUGAGAACGAUCACUGGGUGCGUUACUUCCUACACACUGGUCACCUGACCAUCGCCGGCUGCAAGAUGUCCAAAUCACUCAAAAAUUUCAUCACCAUUAAAGACGCUUUGGCCAAGAACACAGCGCGACAGCUCCGCUUGGCCUUCCUCAUGCAUUCCUGGAAAGACACCCUGGAUUAUUCCUCUAACACCAUGGAGUCGGCCGUCCAGUACGAGAAGUUCCUGAAUGAGUUCUUCUUGAACGUCAAAGAUAUCCUGAGAGCUCCCACAGAUCUCACCAGCCGCUUCGAGAAGUGGGAGGCUGCCGAGAUCGAGCUGAACAACAGUUUCUAUGACAGGAAGUCUGCCGUCCACCAGGCCCUGUGUGACAACGUGGACACGCGCGGCGCCAUGGAGGAGAUGAGGUUGCUGGUCAGCCACAGCAACAGCUACAUCGCUGGCAGGAAGAGCUCCAAGCUGAGGCCCAACCGCCUGCUGCUGGAGAGCAUCGCCUCAUACCUCACCAACAUGCUGAAGAUCUUUGGAGCGAUCGAAGGUUCGGAUUUCAUCGGUUUUCCUGUCGGAGGCCAAACAGUCGAUCUGGAGAGCACGGUGAUGCCGUACCUCGCCGUGCUGUCGGACUUCAGAGAGAACGUCCGGCGAAUCGCCAGAGAGCAGAAAGUAACGGCGCUGCUGCAGCUGUGCGACGUGGUGCGGGACGACACGCUGCCGGAGCUGGGAGUCCGACUGGAGGAUCAUGAAGGUCAGCCCACCGUGGUGAAACUGGUGGAUAAGGAGACUUUAUUGAAGGAGAAAGAGGACAAGAAGAAGAUGGAAGAGGAGAAGAAACGGAAGAAGGAAGAAGCUGCCAGGAGGAAACAGGAGCAGGAGAUGGCGAAACUGGCCAAGAUGAAGGUCCCUCCAUGCGAGAUGUUUCGCUCCGAAACAGACAAAUAUUCCUCAUUUGACGACACGGGUUUUCCCACUCAUGACGCGGAGGGAAAGGAGCUCAGCAAAGGCCAGGCGAAGAAGCUGAGGAAGCUCUACGAGGCUCAGGAGAAGCUUCACAACGAAUAUCUUCAAAUGAACCAGAACGGAAACUGAGCCCUGCAGACCAUCCAUGCGACGUCACCCUCUGCUUUUAUGUUCAUAAACACGUUUAAAUCAGCUCCCAAAUCUCUACUUUAUUUUUUGCAUUGAAAGAGAAACAUUUUCUAAGUUUCCCCAUGAGCAGAAAGGAACUGGGUGAUGUUCCUUCUAGUUUUUCUAAUUUUGGAUUAACUGGGAAACCUUUGAUCAAGUUAGAUUUUCUCUGUUAAUGGGGAGAAACGCUGGAAUCAGGGAGUGACUGGAUGAGCUUCUCCCAGGAUCAAACAGCGUCACAUGCAGCUGGAUGUUGAACUUCCUCCUCAUGUUCCUCAUCAAUCUUCACCCAUUCCUAAUCCCAGCAACGUCUUUGUCAAACUAACUUAGUUCCUAUUUGUUGUGAUGUGGGUCCAAUUCCGCUAAUAAAUUCCAGGACAUGACUGAACACAAGCGGCCUGAACUCUGAGGAGCUGCUUAAUGAAGGAAUAGGAUGUUUUCAGGGAGUAAUGUACAAUCCGAAAGGUUGUAGAAAAUAAUCUGGGAGUAUUUUAAUCCAUCCAUUCAUUACAGUUUGUAUUUUUCUACCAUCAGUCAGAAAGCUGUGGUUCUUUGAUGCUGAGGCUGCAGGAUGCUCGAAUAAAGAGUCACAGAAAGUGUCUUUA